GUUGUGGGAGUUGUCCAAUUUGUGUUGUUGCUUUUAUAGGCAUUUAAAAAGUUUAUUUACCAAUUUGUUAUUGCAUUUUAUUAUUGACUUAGCUUACAGAAUUUACUGUGAGCAGCACUAUGAAAUCCUGGGAAAUAGCUGUGUUGCUGCUAGCCGCCGCUUAUCUGUGCAGUCAAGUGGAUUUCGUACAGGGACUAGAGUGCUAUGUGUGCUCCAAUCAGACGGGCAACACAGAGAAGUGCCUCAACACGAUCAAGACCUGUGAACCAUUUGAGAAUGUCUGCGGCACUGAAAUACGCUGGGGCAGUCAGCCCUACUUCUCCGAGGGCGCUCUCAAGCAAUAUUAUGUCUCCAAGCGCUGCAUGACCAAGGAGCAAUGCCAGUCGAAGCGCCGACGCUAUAUGCAAAUGUAUUGCACACACAUCUGGUACGAGGAUUGGGCAUGCAACGAGUGCUGUCAAGGCGACAGGUGUAACUACUUCAUUAUCAGCGGUGCGACGGGUCAGCAAAGCCACAUGGUUAAGUUCUUAGCUCUAUUACUGGGCGUUGGACUGCUCAUAAGACGUACCAUAAUGCCUUAGAGCUCAAAUGAAGCUAAUAUUCGGCAUUGUCUGUUACGCACAUUCACAUUCCAAGGAAGCUAAGUAAUCGUAAUUUUAAAUGUAAUUGUAAUACCUUCUCAUUUUGUCCACUAGUUAGUAGUUACCACCGUAUGCCGUCCAUUUUAUGUACAUUUUGUAUGUAGCUGACAAGCUCAAAGUGCCUUCACGCUCUCUUUUUUAUGUAUCUAAGGCUUGUUAAAGUU